AUGAUGUUCCUCUGCCCACGAGGCCCACACAGUCCUGAUGGUGCCGAUGACGAGCAUCCCAUUCAGACACCGGGUGUCACGCUCGCCGAGUUCGAGGCGCUGCUGGACUUCUUCUACACUGACACAUACAGCAAAUUCAAUAACGGCUCUCUAGAGCUGCACAAAUGGCUCGACCUCCUGUCUAUCGCGACGUGCUAUGACUUCCAGCGCCUCCGAAAAGGCGCAAUAGAUGUGAUCGACUCGAACGGCCACAGCCUUUGGGAUUCUCAUUGGGGGCUGAGCAAGGACUUCCACCCCAUUGAGUGCAUAGUUCUAGCAGAGAAGCACUCCAUCCCGCACUGGUUGCCCAUUGUUUACAUGGAGCUCUGCAAGUGCGGGACGCCGAUUUAG